AUGCCUUCUUCAGACCGAGAACCUUCGCGCGACCGCGAGCUCGUCCGCCACUCCCAUUCUUUCUCCUCAGACUCGCGAGCGAUUCCCAUGUGGGAUAGCGCUGAUCCAGAACGUGCGCCUCCGCCAUUGCCACUGAACCCAGGGUCGCCAAACCUCACAACCCGCCCCAACACAUCCGCAGCCAUUAUGCAGGCCGCCAAAGCGCUAGAAGAGAAGGCGCGCGAGAGCUUGCCUGCAAGCUCGUACACUACUAACCCCAUGCCGCUCAAGUCGCUCUCUCCCGAGCGCUCUCUGAUAAAAGGCAACCAGCACAAGCGCAUGCAAUCGCUCCAACCAGGCAGUGUUCGUGAUCUACGUAGCUACUUGGACAAUCGCUCACCAGACCGCUCCCCAGAGCGCGACCGACCGACAAGUAGAGGCGGAAGGCCAAUCUCGCGCGAUUGGGACAAGGACUACUUUGGCAAGGACCCUGACCUCAGUCCUACACGGCAUCUCACGCCCUCGCCAGCCUCGCGCAUUGAAAUCAGGGACACGCCAACUCUGAGGCCCACUCACAGGCCUUUCCUGGGCGAGAACACGCCUCCUUCUGCUACAAUGAUGGCGCUCCAGACAAUGUCUAUUCCUCAGCACAUGCUUGACCCCCCACCGGCGAACCACACCAGCAGCUCGGCACGCUCUCCAUCUCCAGCUGCCGUGUCCACGCCAGCUUCAGCACCAGCUUCAACGCCUGCACCUGCGCUUGCGCCUGCGCCUGCACCCGCACCUGCACCGGUACAAAGUCAGGUCCCAUCACACUCAUUCGACAACAUCGCUAGUCAACUCGUCAGCAUCAACAACAUUGUCUCUAGCCUACAAAAGGACAUGUCGCAGCUGAGUCGGAGGAGUAAGGACAAUGCCACCGAUCUCAUCAGCCUAAAGGAGGCUACAAACCUCCGUGACGAGGACAUCCGAAAAUCUCUGAAGGAUCUCUUGUCUACCAUGUCCCAGAAGCAGGAGGCGGCUGUCAACGCCCACAUACAUGCAGACAACUCUCGGUCUAGCAGCCUGAAUCUCCAGGAUCCCCAUAUGACGCCCACGAAGCAGUUCACCUUCCCAAGGAUGACAUCAACUAGCCCCUGGGCUGAUGAGCGCAUCGGCAGCCCGAACCCGUACUCGGUCGAGGGUGCGGCCAGUGUCGCAAUGCUGGAAAAGAUCAUUCGUGAGAUGGUGACCAAGGAUGGCCAAGAACGACUCGUAGCAAACCUGCAGAAGCUGGUCGACAAGGCUACUGGUGAGACUGCCAAGAAGGUCGCCGAGUUGGUUGAGUUUGUGAAGCAAGGCUCUGGGCCUGCGGCCUUCCAAUCCUCGCCAGGACCCGGUGCGCUUACUCGCACAGUUUCAGCGGAUAGCAAGGCAUACGCCAGCCCCAAGGCUGCCGAUUUCGUCAGCGAAGAGAUGUUGAAGUUCCUGCGUAAGAUCAAGGAUAGCGUCGCUGAAUCUGGCUGCGUGACCAUGGCUACCAAGUCAAUGGUUCAAGAUCUUCGAGGCGAGGUGCUAGGCAUGGGCCGUGAGAUUGCUCGCAAGCUUGAAGAGGCGGAGCAAGCCAGAGCUGUCGAACCCGAGUCUGAGUCGGCGAACGAGGACAUCAACGCCAUUGUCCAAGAGGGUCUCGCAAACCUCAAAGAGCACAUGGACAAGGUCAUGCGUGAGCGGAGGCGACAAUCCAUGUCAUCGGUGGUCACCCGCACCACUGUCGACAACAACGAGGUUCACGAUGUCGUCAAGCAAGCACUCGCAGAGCGAGGCCUCGACCAGCCAUCUGCCCAGUCAGCUGUCCUGGACAAGGAAGCCAUCAUAAGCGCCGUACGAGAAGCCUACGACGGCGUCGAGAUGAACCCCAAUCAUGAAGUCCAUCAGGUGGGUCUGGGCAGAGAGGAGGUCUUGCAGUGUCUACGCGAAGGUCUGCAGGACUUCAACGGCUCUGGAGCAGUUACCAAGGAGGAGAUUGAGAAGAUGCUGCAUGAGUCUCUACAGCAGAUUCAACUUCCGCCUCCAGUCAAUGAAGUCCACGAAAUCCGCGAGGAGAUUCUUAUGGCCGUGCGAGAAUCCUUGGAGGAGCUGAAGCCAGCUCUUGCUGCCCAGCCAACCCCAGCACCCCCAGCGGAAAGCCUUUCCAAGGAGACACUUGAGGAAAUCAUCCGCCAGGCCCUUACGGAGCACAAUGCCACUGGCCUGGAAAUCGAGAUUCCCCCAGAAAGCAUCCAAGACGCUGUGAAAGCUGCCACCGAAUCGCACAACGAGUCGGUCAUGGAGCGCCUACAAUCAAUGGUGGAGGAGAUCCAGGCCCAGUUUCAAGGAUAUUCUUCUACCAGCGGGAAAGACACAGAUCGAGUUUUGGAAGCGCUUCAAGAGGGCCUAGACGGUCUCCGCGCCGAAAUCAAGGGCUCGCCAGAUCAGCCUCGAGAGAUCACUCAAGACGGCGAGUUGAUUGACCAGUUCAAGGCCGAACUUGAAAAGCUGCGAGAGAAUGUCCAAGGCUACGUUGCAGAGGGUCCUCGUGGAGACCAAGCCUGGAGCCGUGGCGAUAUGGUGACGUAUCUCAAAUCCGAGUUUGAAACCCUGAAUGAGCAGUUGACCACUAGCCUCCUCCCCGCCUCCAAAACCAACGAAGAGAUCCUUGCUGCUCUCAAGGCUGGGUUUGAGGAGAUGAAGUCACAGGUCGCUCUUCGGGCUGAGAACGACGAUGACGUCGACUCGAAUGAGGAUAUCAGUGAGGCCAUCAAGCAUGAGUUCGACCAACUCAAGGAAGUCGUUCUUGGAGAUUCUUCUAGCAACAAGAACGAUGUUCUCGAAAAGCUGCAGGCUGGUUUCGAUGGUCUCCACACCCUCAUGGCCGAAAAACAGACUGCAUCCACAUCCAACGAAGAAAUGCUCACUUCGCUCAAGGCAGAGUUUGAGACUCUCCGUGAGACCCUGAGUAGUUCGCUGGUCAAGUCAGGUGGUUCAGCUGAAAAGGAUGAGAUCGUCGAUGCUAUCCGAGGAGUCGUGGAAGGCAUGCACACCUCUCACGAGACGACUUCAAAGGAAAAUCUCGCCCUUAUCCGCACUGAACUGGAAGCGCUGAAGGAGUCAGUCAGCAAUGCUCUGGUCCCUGCUGGCGAUGGCGAUAAAGCAGAGAUGUUGGUGAUAGUGAAGGCUGCUCUGGAAGACAUCAAGGCGAACUUGAAGUCUGCUGGAGUCAAUGAAGAGCUUCUGGAAGCUUUCAGGGGAGAACUUGACCAUAUGCGCCAAACCAAUGGUAUAAUGCGACAACACUCCCGAGCCGACACUGAAGAAGUCCUGGAGGCUGUCAAGCUAGGUCUCGACGACCUGCAAUCUCAUAUUGACAAAAAGUUCAAUACUCCAGAACGCACCAGUCCUUCCACUGAAGACGUCAUUGAUGCCAUGAACGAGGGUAUCGAGAGUCUGCGAGCCGAUGUCUCCAAGAUUGUUGAAAAACCCGUGGACAUGAGCGUGUCGCACGAAAUCCUGGACACGCUCAAGGAAGGUCUUGCCGCCUUGCGUGCUGACGUUGAGACGCUCAAGGGUAUGCAGCACGAGACUCAGCCUGAACAAGAUGCCGCUCCAGCUCCAGCGGGUAAUGAAGUGGUCCUUGCAGACAACUCCGAGGCUCAACAAUCCACAUCGCGCGAGAUCUCUGGAGACGCCACACAGGUUGAUGCACCACAGCAGCCCCUGACACAAGCUCUGGAUGUCGCUAAAAUGGAGAAUCUCCUGCUUCAGAUUCAAGACAAGGUGCAAGCCAUGGAUGCCAACGCACAGAACCCGGCCCCAGCUGCAGAGCCAGCGGCUCCAGCUGGGGUAGCCAUGAAGGAGGAUCUCGGUGCUAUUGAAGAGCUCCUUAAGGAUGUUCAAGCUGCUGUCCUGCUCAUGCAGGACCGCGAGACGUCACCACCCGUGCUGGAAGGCAUUGCUCGAAAGGAAGAUACUGAUGCUAUUGAGACUCUCCUCGCGAACACAAAAGCCAAGAUCGAGGAGCUUGUCCUGCCGGAUCCUGCAACUGCUGUCACAAAGGAGAACUUGGAAGAUGUCGAGCUCGUGGUCCGUACCACCUCUGAGGCUUUGGAAGCGCUUGCGAAGAAGAUCGAAGAGGAAGGUGCUACCAAAGCCGAUGUUACCGUCGUUCAGGUACUAGCGGACGAUAUCAAGGUCGCCCUAGACGAGAUGAAGGUCGCCAAGCCAGAAGAUGAGAGCAACCCGCACGCUACCAAAGCGGAUAUCGAUGCUGUAAGCCUUCUAGUGGACGAUCUCAAGGUCAAAUUGGACGACAUGAAGAUCCCAGACCCAGAGGAGCUUGCAUCCAAGGCCGAACUGGAGCAGCUUACUGGACUGAUUCAUGAUUUCCGUGAUAGCCAUGAGAAGAUGAAGGACACCUAUGAAGCGGAUAUCCAGAAGACUGCCAACAACUUUGAUGAGCGCCGCGCCGAGGCCACUCAGAUUGUAGAGGAUAUCUCUGGUGUCAAGGCUGCCCUAGAUGAGAUGCGAGAGGAGAUCAAAACCAAUCUCAUUGAAGGCGGUCCGAUCGAGAACCUUCAAGCUUCAUUCAAGACAAUGGAAGAAACCAUUGGUGCGAGCAACGUUACUGCUGACGUCAAAGAACUCAUGGAAAUUCUUACCCGGGAGUUCGAACGUGCCCAUGGCUCUAUUGAGGGUCUGCAAAACGACAGUGCCGAAAAGUCCGCUUUGCAGCUUGAAAAGCACGACGAAACCAAGGAAUCCAUCGUCGCUAGCUUCACCGAAAGCCUAGAGGUCAAGUUCAACACCCUCAUGGCCAAGUACGAUGACGCUCAACUCCUAGCCGACGAGCUUGCCAAGGUCAUGAAAGAAAAGGCUGAAGAGCAGGAGAAGAUGCUUGAGAGCACCAAAACAAUGGCCGAUGAGCUUCGUCUCACCAUCGAUACUCUAGGUGCUACCAUUGCCGGCAUGAACGACCGAUUCGAGGGUGCUACUACGCAAUGGUCCACCGACUCCACCGCAGUCCUCGGAAAAGUUGACGAAACUCUCGCCAAGUUCGACGAACAGAAGGUUGUGACCAUGGAGAAGCUUGAAGAGCAAAAGCUUGAGACCAUUGCCAAGCUGGAGGAGCACAUUGCCAAAUUCGAAGAACUCAAGCUUGAAGACAAGGGCGAACAUUCUCAUACCCGCGAUGAGAUCAAGAACAUUGAAUCAAUCUUCAACAAUCUCCAGGACAACAUCACCGAGUAUCACCCCAAGUUCAUGGUUGCAUUGCACGAGAUUGAAGCGCUGGUCAAGGCCCAUUAUGAACACGCGCAGAAGUGCAAGGAAGAGGCAGAUGAGCAUGCCAGAGCUUGGAAUGAGGAAGCAAAGGCUCGCUCUCAAGAACUACAGGCGCAGUUUGAAAACCUACCGAAGCUUCUGCCAGCCCCUGUCGUACCCGUGGAGCCUCAAGAAAAGUACGAUGAUGGCCCUGUGCAAGAGAAGCUCGACAAGCUGCUCGCAAUCGAACCAUCGCCUAGCUACAAUGACGGUCCCGUGCACGAGAAGCUCGACAAGCUACUCGCGAUUGAGCCGUCACUCAACUACGACGACGGUCCUGUACACGAAAAACUCGAUAAGCUGCUCGCGAUCGAAGCACCACCUAGCUUCGACGAUGGCCCUGUGCACCAAAAGCUUGAUAAGCUGCUUGCGAUUGAAGCACCACCAAGUUUUGACGAUGGCCCCGUGCAUGAAAAGCUUGACAAGCUUCUUGCAGCUGAACCGGCGCCUAGCUACGACGACGGCCCCGUGCACGAAAAGCUCGACAAGCUACUCUCCGUUGAACCAUCACCUGCCUACGACGACGGUCCGGUGCAUGAAAAACUUGACAAGCUUCUUGCGGUUGAGCCAUCGCCCAGCUUCGAUGACGGCCCUGUGCAUGAGAAGCUUGAUAAACUCCUUGGCCACGCCGACGAGGCCAGCAAAGCACUAGGGAACACCGAGAAGCUCGACGAGAUACACAACCAGGUCAAGAUUACCGCCGCUGAGCUGAGUGAGUUUGUCGCAAAGCAGACUCAGUUCAUCACCGAUGGUAAUGACGCGAAAGAGCGAGAGGCUGAAGAGCUGGCCCUACUCAUUGAACGCAGGACAACCCAGAAAGAGCAGCUUGAGAUUGAUCUUGAGAGCUUGAGGGCUGAAAAGGCCACUCAGAAGGAGCAGCUUCUUGCGGAUAUCCAGGAAAUGAAGGCCGAGAAGGAAAGGGUUAUUCAAGAGUUGAAGGAGGAGAAGGAGCGCGUCAUGGCCGAGUUGCAGAUCGAGAAGGAUCGCACAAUGCUCGAGCUCAAAGAAGAAAAGGAUGCGCUCUUGACUGCUGUCGCUGCGCUCCAAGCGGAGCGCGAAAACCUGGCUAACCAAAAGGUGCGCCUCACUGGCGAGGUUUCCUCACUCAAUACCGCACUGGAAAUCCGCCGAGAGGAACUGCACAUUAUGGACAGCAAGGCAGAUGCACUGGAGCGACGCAUCCUCAACGGCAUCAUGGAUCACUCCCGAGCUUUGAUGAUGAAGGGUCCUUCAAAGAUCAAGAAGCGUGUGAACACUGAUGCCGGCACAGAAAUGCCACCUCCAAGUACUGCAGCCAACGGCAUCUCUCUUGCACUCAAACCUCGCCCGGCUAUUCGUCGCAACGGCCAGUCCACCAACCCAGCACAACGCCGUAUCUUGUCCCUCAGCCAGAUUAGCGGCAACACGCCUACAGGAGCGCAAGCCUACCCCACGAGCACUGCCGCGAAGAAUGCAAACGCUGAGUUGAAGCGCAGUCACUCUGUCAAAACUAGCAACUACUCGCGGAAGGGAUCUUGGGGUACACGACCCAGUGCCGUGGUUGCCAUUAAGGAGAACGGGGCCUUGCCUGAAGUCGAUGAGAAUGAAGCCAUGGCUCCUAUUUCUCAUUCUGUGAUCGAGGAAGAUGCCCAAAGCGAGGCUGGUACUGAACGCCACUACAAGCUCGACGAGCGCAGCUACGCCGAGAGCUACGCCGAGGGCGAGACGCCUGGCUGUGAUGCGCGUUCCAGCUUUGGUGGUGCAGGCAGCGACUACACCUACGCUUCCGGGUCUUCCUACAUGACAGGCAGUGACAUUGACCAGGAGCGUCGCACCUCUUACGGUGCCCAAUCCGCUAAAUCUGCCGCUCAAUCUGCCGCUCGUGGCGAAGAGCCAUUGCACGAAGAGUCCGAAGGGUCUGAAUACUCCGACCACGAGGACGAUGAGCACACGGCUACCAUCAACACGUCCAAAGUCAAUGCGUCCGAGGUCAAUGCGUCCGAAAUCAACCCUUCCGAGAUCUCAACCGCCACCGCUGACAGCGACGUCGACUUGCCAACUCAAUCGGAGAUUGUUCGCGCCAUCGAUGCUGUAAGAGAGGAGAUGAAGGAAAAUUACUCUCCUCCCAGCGACUCUGGUGUUGGCACCGACCUGCCCACCGCCGCUCUUGGUAGUGAGCUUGAGCGCGACGCUGACUACUUCCGUCGCGCGGCUGAAGACGAAGCUAGUGUAGUGGAGUAAUCAAGUAUCCGCGGAUGUUGAUGUUGAUACUCCGCAUACACUUCUAUCUGACGUCUCGCUCCGCAUGUCCCUCGGUUUGAGGCUUUGACUCGCCUCUUGCGGGGUUUUAGAGUUGGCAUCACCAGAGAUGUGCGUCGAGCUUGACGAGGGCAGGGGUUUGUGGGGUCAGCAAUACUUGACGCCUUGUUUGGAUACACGGUACAGCAGGACGGGCUGGACUCGUCUUUUCUACAAUGAUGUUAGAUGACGUGGUAUGACGGUUGUAUACGCAUGAUGGAACGGAGAUAUGAAGUUGGCUCACGGGGAUUGGAAAUGAAUGACGUUGGUUGGUACGCAGUUCUUUAGGAUGGCGUUAUGGCAUCGCCAGGUGGACUUGACAUUGUUUUCUGUUUUCCUUCUGUAUCACGUACCAAAGCUUUUUUGUCUUCUUUUUUUGUUCGGCGUCACGCAGGUAUCAAUGGAGUAGGCUCGCGCUAGGAGUCGUAAUGAA